AUAUAUCAUUCAUAAAUACAGGACAUUGGAAAAAGUUCGAAGAAAAUAAGAGAUUGUUUAGACGUUAUUGACGCUAUAAUAAAAAAUAGUUAUUUUUCUUAAAAUUGUAAGGGUUUGUUUGUAUUUGGAAUUAUUGUGAAAUUAAAACUAUUUGAUACCAUUUAUUGGGAACUCGAAAUACGGGUGGGUUUUGCCCCUACUUACGAUCAGUCUUUUUAGUAUAUGCAAUAAAUCUUAGAAGUUUGCACAAAAGGAGCCGGAGUUUUCAGCAAGAUUUCAUUUUUACAUACACAAUCGCUGGAGAAAUGAUGGCGAAAUCAAAACACAGUUUUUUUAAAAUGAGGUCUACCUCAGCCUGACCAAAUACGGCUUCAAAAGUGGUACCACAUGAAGUUCUAGACGCAAAAAAAACGGCCUUGAGUCGCAAAAACGAGCUUAGCUCAACAGAAUAACUCUGUCAGAAAAGUGGUGAAACAAGAGAGACGGACUAUGCUUAGACAGGCUAGAUAGCUUUUCAUUGAUCCUGUGCGAAUCGAAGAAACCACUAUUUAUUAUUAUUUCACAAAGAUUUUUGCAGCUGUCCUGCUCACUGUGUUUAAAGAACCUUGCAUAUUUUCGGUGUUGAAAAACAGUGAUACAGAUACAUUUUCUGAUACAAGCGUUGAACUGUUUUGCUCAUUUUAAAGCAAUGUGCUGGCAUCGUUAUCAUCUUUUUAAUUAUUAAUUUUUCGAUUUGCAGUCACAUUGUGCGAUUGAACAAAAAAAAUGCGUAAUAAUGUUUGACAGAUUUGGAUAUCUCGCAAGAGGUUUUUGUUUAGAGAAGCUUUGGUCCAGCCAAGGUGUUGAACUGAACUCCACGUCUUCAUCUUCCAGCCAGAAAACCCAGUUUGCCUCGCGGUCUUCUCCGUCCAGUUCUGUUCUGGACCUGGGAUUGGGUAGCUCGUCCUCUUCCCUUGGGACUUCUGGGACUAAUUUGGGCAAUGGAAACAUAACCUGUCUAUCAACUCACCUGACCGCUUUCUCUUUCAUCAUGAGUGAGAGUAUGUUGGUGUGGGACAAUGCAGUGCCCUCUGUGCUGCCCUUUGUUGGGGUCGGAUUCGCCAUAGUCGGAUACACCCUCACCAUCAUCACCUACUGUCUCUUCAGUUCGCUGCGUGGCAGUGAGAGACAGUUGCAUGGGACAGUGACGAUCAAUUUAGCUCUGUCGUUGCUUCUGCUCAACAUAUCCUUCAUCGUGGCCGCCCUCAGGGCCAGAUUCGGACAGCAGUCCCCCAUCUGCGACUGGGUCGCCCUAUCCACGCACUACUUCACCCUCACCACCCUACUAUGGUUUGUGGCUGACGCAGUCUUCCUCUUCCAUCAGCUGUCAUCCCAAUUUGACAUGAGAGGGGGAGGGGCGGGGGGAUGUGCGAACGUCAGGAGUCCAACAGCAGGCGCCAGUAUCAUAGUCCAUCCGCAACACUCGAACGGGGGAAGCAACAACACAAACAACAUAAACAGCACUAUUAGCAGAUCUAGCCAGAAUGGAAGGGGUGCCAUUGGAGUGGGGGUGGGGACAGGGGGAGGUAUUCGACAGCAGGGGGGCUCCAGAACGGUGCUCAACUCGCAUAGUUGUCUCUCCAUGCCCGCCUUCAAAUAUUUCGUUAUUGCGUGGGCGACACCGCUGCUCAUUUUGAUUCCGAUGCUGAUGAUCAACAAUGGAGAACUGUUCCAUAUCAGCGACAUCUACUGUCGCAUAACUGACCAAUCAGAGCAGAUCGCCUACUAUCUCUCCCUCGCCGUUCCAUCAGCCAUCAUUGUCAUCGUGGGCCUGUGUGUCUACCUGUUUGUCAUUCUAUGGAUCUACUGCUGUCGAAGCUGCUGUAGUCAUCCCCAUGCACAAAUAAACCACAUGCCCCUAAAUGACGGGUACUUAGAGAGCAUAAGCAGCACACUAAACAAGAAUAACAACAACAACAACAACAACAACAUUCACCACCAACAACAACAGCAUCACCUACUGAACCCCGGAUCGAACCCCGAUGGGAGCUCUUCGAUUAACAGCUACUCUAAUAACAUAACACCGCCUACAGUUUUCGACUCAAGUGACGCGAAUUUAACAGCUUUCAAAAAACAUGUUCUCAGCAUGACAAUUCUGCUAGCCCUUUUCUCCGCCACUUGGCUCUUCGCCCAAUCUCUGGACCUGCAGACGUUCGAUUUUGUAUUUUGCUUUGCCAAUGUCACCCAAAGCUGGUUGUUUUUCUCUGAAAAGUGCAUCUUGCUUUCCGAAGCCAGAAACGCCUGGAAAAGACUGUUCAAUAACUCUGGAACAGAGUAUAGAAACGAAGAUACCGCUCGUGGAAAGCUUUUGUCAAAGAAUGCGUCGCCAGUGAGUUACGGAGUAGCCGUAUCGCCAACCCACAGUUUGGGCUCAAAUGUCAAGGACACGUUAGACAAGCGCGAUUUAAUAAACAAUAACCAUUCGAAUAUGUCAACGCUCGUCACGAGAACUAAUUCUGGCUCGCAGAAUUCAAUACUGAACACGCUUAAGCACGAGAGAGGUUCACCGGCUUCAGCAAACAACCAAGUUCAAAAUUCAUCUCCGAGUAACUCCAAUUACGACCCAAAAUCAGCGUCUUACUACCCGAAUCAAAACCGACACGUUACGAAAGAUUCGAACGCGAUGUCAAACGGAAACUUUCCUCUCGCCAACAACUCGCGGUCAGAUUUUGGCAAAGCGCCAACACUUCGCAAACUCAGUGCUUUAAAUGCUUCGGCCCAGAAUCCAGCUUUGCAAUCUAUCUCCGUGUUCACCGGAUAUGCCGGUUCGGAUCCAUCCUUUUUUGGUCACGAUUAUAGUCCGAACUCGCGAGAAUGCCUGGAAGGGGGUGAUGCCUAUGGCGCCACUUACAUGCAGUCUUCGACUGGUGCUUUUGACCGAGAAACGCCGAGUGUCGCCGACUCGGAUCCGAACCGAGAAUCCUACGUCUGAAGACAGUCUUACAGGUUCAGAUAACAGUUCGGACUACUCUUAAAAAAACUAAUAUUUAUUUUCGAAUUCAAUUUCAGUUUUGCAUGGCGUGUGUGAGCUGCUGCCGUAUAUAUCUAAAAUAUGUGCAAUGAUUGCAAAUGCUAA